UUUACAUCUUGACUUGUAACUCCCUGAGGGGAAGAAGGCUAUUCACUGAAAGAUCCUAUGCUCUUAGACAACAAAUGCCUCAUUGUGCCACCUGCCAGGGAUGGCAAACGGGACCUUAUCAUAAUAACUAGUCAGUUUUACCAGAAACAGGUAUUGUCCACACCAUAUAAGGAGCUUCCUUCUCUGGUUCCUACGUGUCCACAGGCAGCUGGAGCUGGUAGUUACGUGCCAUUAUCAGUAUAUUGACUGACUGCCCAGAACUUUACAAAGGAGGCUGUGGCCAUGGCCACAUUCACACGGGAGGAGUUCUACCAGCAGUUACUGAGUGGCUGUGUGCUGCCCACUGCUCAGCAGGGUUUUGAGCAGGUCUGGACACUUCUGCUUUUGUGCCUAGUGUGUCGUCUCCUUUGGAGAUUGGCUCUGCCAUUCUAUGUCAAGCACCUGAGCACCGUGGCUAGUGGCUUCUAUGCCCUCUACCACUUCUUCCAGCUGCAGAUGGUGUGGGUUGUGCUCCUGAGCCUCCUGUGCUACCUGGUGCUGUUCCUGUGUCGCCACUCAACUCAGCGCGGUGUGCUGCUGUCCAUCACCAUCCUCAUCUAUUUGCUCAUGGGGGAGAUGCACAUGGUGGACACUGUGAGCUGGCAUAAGAUGAGAGGUGCCCAGAUGAUCGUGGCAAUGAAGGCUGUGUCAUUGGGCUUUGAUCUGGACCGGGGUGAGGUGCCAGCCAUACCCUCUCCAGUAGAGUUCAUGGGAUAUAUCUACUUUGUUGGGACUGUCAUCUUUGGACCCUGGUUCCGCUUCCGCACCUACCUGCAAGCUGUGGAGAGCAGGAGAAUGAGCUUCUCCUGGUUCCAGAAGGUCGGUCUGAGCUUCUUCCUCUGCCUUGUGUGCCUCAUCAUGUCCACUUGUGUGGCCCCCUACCUGUUUUCUUACUUCAUACCCCUCUACAGCUACAAGCUACUCAGGAAGAAGCGCAGAAGCAGGUGGCUCCGAGCUUACGAAAGCGCCAGCUCCUUCCACUUCAGCAACUAUUUUGUGGGCUUGCUGUCUGAAACAACUGCCACACUGGCAGGGUCUGGCUUCACGGAAGAGAAGGACAAUCUGAAAUGGGAUCUGACAGUGUCUCGCCCCUUGAAUGUGGAGCUGCCACGUUCUAUGGUGGAGGUAGUCACCAGCUGGAACCUGCCCAUGUCCUGUUGGCUGAACACCUAUGUCUUCAAGAACUCCUUGAAAUUGGGCACCUUCUCUGCAAUCAUUGUAACCUAUGCAGCAAGUGCCCUCCUACAUGGCCUGAGCUUCCAUCUGGCUGCUGUGUUGCUAUCUCUGGGCUUCAUCACUUAUAUUGAACAUGUUCUCCGAAAGAGGCUUGCUGUCAUCUUUGACGCCUGCAUACUCUCCAAGAGGUGCCAGCCAGGGUGUUCACAUCGCCACAACACGAAUCUUUGGGUUUAUCUCCUCAACCUGCUCUUUGGGGCUCUCACUGUCUUCCACUUGACCUAUCUAGGCUCAUUAUUUGACAUGGAUGCAGAUGACUCUGUGGAAGAGCAGGGCUAUGGCAUGGACUACACCAUUCGUAAGUGGUUUGAGCUGAGCUGGGCCAGCCACUGGGUCACCUUUGGUUGCUGGGUCUUCUACCGUCUCAUCAGCUGAACAGUGACCUCCACGUUGACUUGAGGAGAUGGAACUGUAGACCUCCUCCUCGUCUUCAAAAAAAUUGGAUGCCGUUGUGGGCCUGAGUGCCCAAUGGACACACACUGACUAAUCCCUUUUCCUGCUGGGACACUUGUGGAGGGAAGGGCCUCUGGUCAGGGUAUACCAUGCGCCACGCCGUGGACAGGUUCUGACCCAAUGCCCUCUGAAGGAAGCGAAUUCGGUCCCACUUGAAAAGGGGCUAUUGAGAAAGCAGACAGAGGGGUUGGUUUUGUUUUUUUAAACAGCAUCCUUUUCUUCUUUUCAUGACUGCCUACCAGGAAAUGGCUGACCCUCUCUAUGCCCACCUUGGAGUUCCCUCUAAUGGCCAAGUGUGGAAAUUGCACCAGCUCUUGUCUCGCCCUCCUUGUAUGAUUUUAAUGUACUGUAAUGUUUUUUAUUAGACCUGUUGCCCCGUUAGCCUGUUGCAUGCUCUCUUCUUACCUCCUUCUGCUGUCUUGCGGCUGACCUUGGGAACUGCACCCGCUGCUGUCAAGGCACCCCUAAUUAUUGUUGGGAUUGCAGUCUCUUUUUUUGCAGUAAACUCUGAGACUGGUCGGGUGGAAUUAUGGUCUUUUUAAAUUGUGUAUCUGUUUCAAAUGUCCCCCUUUUUCUGUCUUGGAGGGAGGGGUGAUGUAUGCAAAUUAAGCAGCUUAGUAUAACUAAUUUGUGUUUUCAAGAUCCUGCUUUUAAAGGCUUUGGAAUUUUUGUUUUUUUAAACAAGGGCAGAAAGAAUGAAA